UACCUUCAUACGAUCGAAAGGUCUUGUCUCGUCGUUCUAUUUCUCGGGGUUUUAGGGUUUUUGCUUUUUCUCUCCAUAUUUUUCUCUCUAGACGCCAUGACUGCCCAGACGCAAGAAGAGCUUCUAGCUGCUCACCUCGAAGAGCAGAAGAUCAAUCCUGAUGAGCCAGUGGUAGAAGAUGAAGAGGAUGACGAUGAUGAAGAUGAUGAUGAUGACAAGGAUGAUGAUGAUGCGGAAGGAGGACAAGAUGGAGAUGGAAGCGGUAGGUCAAAGCAAAGCAGAAGCGAAAAGAAGAGUCGCAAGGCGAUGUUGAAGCUUGGGAUGAAACCUAUCACAGGCGUCAGCCGUGUUACUGUCAAGAAGAGCAAGAAUAUUUUGUUUGUGAUUUCCAAACCCGAUGUCUUCAAGAGUCCAACAUCAGACACGUAUGUUAUUUUCGGAGAGGCGAAGAUCGAGGACUUGAGCUCGCAACUGCAGACUCAGGCUGCUGAGCAAUUCAAGGCACCCGACCUCAGUCAUGUCAUUUCAAAACCCGAGACUUCGGCAAUGGCACAGGAUGAUGAAGACGUGGAUGAAACCGGAGUGGAGCCCAAGGACAUCGAGUUGGUGAUGACCCAGGCAGGAGUCUCUAGGUCGAAGGCCGUCAAGGCUCUUAAAGCUGCAGAUGGAGAUAUAGUUUCGGCCAUUAUGGAGCUAACCAACUAAGUGCAUGUUUUCUGAUGUUUCCUAUGUGUUGAUUAUGCAAAUUUUCUUUGUGGAUUUUCAAAGUUUGUGAGCGGAUUUUUUAUUUUUUUUUUAAGUUUUGUUUUUGUUUUAUUUCGUUUAAGUUACUGGUCUUUACUUGUGUUGUAUUAUUAAGAGUCUAAGGAUCCGAUCUCUCGUCCGUGGUAAGUGAAAGUUCGUGUUUUCUUGAAACAA